GAAAAGACGGGAAAGAAAAGCAAGAUCAAGAGGAAGAAUCGAUUGAUCAAGAAGAAGAAUCGAGAUGACAACCAAAAAAGCACUGCAAAGGAACAACUGAAUAUGGAUCCUAAAGAUUUUAUCAGUUGUUUGCCUGAUGAGAUCCUUUUCCGCAUUAUCACUUUCCUCCCUUUUGAAUCUGCUAUCCAAACAACUUUUCUUUCUACUCGAUGGAAAGACCUUUGGAAAAAGGCUUUGGUGCUGAACAGAACCAUCGAAGAUGCUGUUGCAAUUAUAUUGAGUUACCUUGAUGAGCUCCAUCGACCAACAAAUCAAUGGGGCUUCCAAUUUAACUUUGGCCAUGGUAGAGUUCUUUUUGCUGCCAUUGCAACUAAUAAUACACUUCAUCUUGAUUUCUCCCUGGGGGAACAAGAAUUUCCAAUGCUUUUUGAUUGGUUGUUGCCAUUGAAUCUUCCAUCGCGUCACAAGUGGCCAUUUCCCUAUAUGCGCGAUGAAAAGAUAAACCCCCCAUUGUCUCCUGAUCAGCAGUUCAAAAUAAAAACCCUGUAUCUAAUAUCAGUAAGUCGGUUUUCUAGUAGGGCACUUACUUCUCUGGUGUCGAAUCUCCCAUUUCUUGAGAGUUUGACCAUUGCAAAAUGUAAUGGAGUACAAUCUUUAGACAUAGAAGAUGCUGCUAGGCUUCAAAAAUUAGUUGUCUUGGAUUGCCAACAAUUAGAAUACUUCUGCUUUGGAGGUUCAUGUUUAAAUUCUUUCCGGUAUCGAGGCAGGUUAGUGUCUUUUCGGUUUAAACUAUCCUGCAAAUGUUAUUGUUCUGACUUACGGCUUCCGUUUCUGUCUGACUGUGCAUUCCACAAGGGAGAUGCAAUGCUUGAUUUCAGACAAGGUCCUCUAACACAAUGGACAUGGGAGGUUGAAAAGCCUCACGUUUAUAGCCCUUUUUAUCUUGGACUGAUGAUGGACACAAGCAGUUAUUGUGGCUGUGCCAACAAGUUUAAAUGCUUCAAUUCAAUUGUUAAAAGCAUAAAUGGUGUUCAAUCUCUAACACUAUGCAGAUGGUUUUUUGAGAAAUCAAUCUGCAAGAACUUACCCUCUUCAAGUGGAGACAUUGAGAUUUGUUUCAAACAGCUGAAAGACCUUUGGUGGAUUGAUUGCUCAAUGGAGAGAGAAAAUAUCAAUGCCCUAAUUUGCUUUCUGAAUCUCUGCCCUAACUUGGAAAGACUCUAUGUGACUAUUGAUCAUAAAUGCUAUGACUUGCCAUGCACUGAAAAAUUCUCAGGUAUAGUCAGUGGUCCUGACAAACUCAAUGAUCUCAAGGUUGUCAAAUUGGAAGGAUAUUCGGAUGAGAAAAAGGAGAUUUUCUUGGCAAGGCGAUUGGUGCCUCUAUUCCGAGAUAGUCCACUAAUUAUAUCAAAAUCAAAUGGUACAUGUUUGAGGCAGCUGGUUAAAGUACGCAAGUUGGAGAAGAAGGGGAAGUAUCCUUACAAGUUUAAAGUGGUUGAAAAUCCUCAUGAAAUAUGUCCUGAUCAUGUUCAUAUGAACCUUUAAUUGAUUCUUCAUAUGCUUAAUUUCUCUGUCAAGAAGAAGAAAGCACAAAAUUCAGUUGUUUUUUCUAUUGGAUUUUUGAGUUUGUCCAAGAGAAUAUUUUGAUUUUUGGACACAGUUACCCUGGGUUAUAACUUCAUGUUAGCUUGUAAAUUCAUAUUUCUAAGUUCUAACCUCCUAUUAUGACUGUGUUGAUUGAAAAAAAAAAAAAAAAAAAGGUUCCAGAACAAAUGAGCAGGACUUGAUUGAAAAGCAUGCAUAAUCAAUGUCAUGAAAUUGUACCAAAAGAAACAUGCCAUGAAAGCUCAUUAAGGAAAAUCAAUCAACCGAGGAACAAAGGAAGAAAGUAGCAGUUAUAUUAUACAUAUGCAGGGUUGGAGCAUGUUUUGAACUUAAUCUCUCAAACUCAAUAAUGAAAUAAGAUACCAAUAGGUUCAAGGGGUAAAAAGAGUAUUGAUUUAAGUGAUAAAAAGAGUUUUUUUUUUUUUUUAUUUGGAUUCGAAUUUGUUAAGAGGUUGUAAAAAUAUAAUUUUUUUAUGAAUUUACUAGGCUCUAUGUAAAUAAAUCCACUUCGAUCAAUUAAAAAAAUAUUUUAACAAGCAAAAUCCAAAAUUUUCUUCCCCUAAAAUAAAAAAAAAUAAUGAAAUAAGGUAAGAUUCACGGAAUGGUAUAAGCAAAGCAAAUUAAGAAAGCCUUUCCCUGCCCAAAACAAUGUCUUUAUUUAUUUUAUUUUACUCUAAAAGGAGUAUAAUAUAAUAAUAUAUGUAUGUAUGUAUAUCAGACACAGAAUAAUGAGUCAAUUUUAGUUAACGAGGAAAGAAAGAAAGAAAGAGGAAGGUUAUAUU